GUCUGUCUGUCUAGAAAGCAGCGGCGUAAAGCUCGCAAAUUUGUAUCGCUCUCUUGCCUAGUGAAAAUUGAUGCUUACCAUAUAAGACAUUUAAAGUUUUUCAUGUUUGAUGCGCAGUAGUUUGUUAAUAGUACAGCUGAAUGUGUAAUGAAUAGAAAAUUUCUGUAUCGUCUUAUAAAUUUCCUAAUUUAAUUAUGGCAGAAAAUUUGGUUAAAAGACCUGCCAAAGGUAUUCUCAAAAAUUCCACUAGCUUCGAUAAUGCUGAAGGAAAUAAAAAUAAUGCUUUGGACAUUAAAUGGGAUGAAAUGAAUAUUCUACAGACUCUGCAUCCUCCUGAUAAAGAUUACGGUCAUAUGAAAAUAGAUGAACCUAAAACACCAUACAGUUAUUAUGAAGAUAAAAGUGGGAAAGAAGUAUCAGAUCACCCAGAAGAUACUUUAGAUGCAGACUUAUUGGCAAAAAAGAUUAAUCUGUGCUCUGAAAAAAAUGAAAAGCCUGUUGUAUUGGAGUCUCCUGAAGAAGAUAAUGAAGAGGAUGAAGAGGAAACAGAAGAAGAAAGAGCUCAAAGAUCUGCUUUUGAAUAUAAGAGAAAGAUGCACUAUAAUGAAUUUUAUGCAGUGAAACUUGCUAGAAAAUUGAUUGCUAAGGAUGGUGAUGAAGCUGAUGAAGCUGACGAAGACAGUUAAUCUUUUUGAAAUAAAAAGUCUUGUAAAGAUUUUCAUCAUGUGCAAAUUAAAAAAAUUAAUCGCAAAAA